GUGGGACCGCCCCUGUGAGCUUUAACUCUGAACAGUAGGAAGUGACAGACCAGAGUCAACGGUGUUGUGCACAGGAACAAAGAUGGACUAUUUUCCAGAGUUUUCCAUCGAGACUUGGACUUUAAUAGUAUUAAUCAUCACUCUAAUUGCAGUGUAUGGAUAUGCUCCAUAUGGCUUUUUCAAGAAAAUGGGCAUCCCUGGACCCAGACCUUUUCCCUUCAUUGGGACAUUUUUGGGUUACACAAAGGGCAUCCACAACUUUGACACAGAAUGCUAUCAGAAAUAUGGAAAGAUGUGGGGGUUGUACGAUGGCAGGCAGCCUGUCUUGGCCAUAAUGGACACAGAAAUGAUCAAAACAGUGUUGGUUAAAGAGUGUUAUUCUGUCUUCACCAACAGACGGGAUUUUGGCCUAAAUGGGCCCUUAAGUGAUGCUGUAUCAGUAGUCGAAGAUGAGGAAUGGAGAAGGAUCCGCAGUGUACUGUCUCCCUCAUUCACCAGCGGACGCCUGAAAGAGAUGUACACGAUAAUGUUGCAACACUCAAGUAAUCUGUUCAAGAGCCUUCGCAAGAAAGUGGAGGCAGAUGAAGUCAUAGAUGUAAAAGACAUAUUUGGACCUUACAGUAUGGAUGUUGUGACCAGCACUGCUUUCAGUGUGGACAUUGACUCCAUCAAUCAUCCCUCUGAUCCUUUUGUAGCAAACAUUAAGAAAAUGGUGAUGUUCAGCUUCCUGAAUCCUUUGCUUGUGCUUGUUGUUCUGUUUCCAUUCUUGAAGGGGAUUUUAGAUAGGAUGAACGUGUCAUUCUUUCCUGCGGAAGUGAUAAGUUUCUUCUACAACUUCCUUGAGAAAAUCAAAUCAGACAGGAAUAAGAAUGAACACAAGAACCGAGUAGACAUCAUGCAGCUGAUGGUGGACUCUCAGACUUCAAAGAACAACGAAGAGGAUACAACACCCCACAAAGGACUGACGGAUCACGAGAUCCUAUCUCAGGCCAUGAUGUUCAUCUUUGCUGGCUAUGAAACCAGUAGCAGCACACUAGGAUUUGUCGCCUACAACCUGGCAACCCACCCUCACAUCCAAAAGACCCUGCAAGAGGAGAUUGAUGAAACCUUCCCAGAAAAGGGUCAGCCAACCUAUGAAGGCUUGAUGCAGAUGGAAUACCUGGACAUGGUGAUAAAUGAGUCAAUGAGGCUGUUCCCUAUCGGUAAUCGAUUGGAGAGGAUGACAAAGUCCUCUGUGGAAAUUAACGGUGUGACCAUCCCUAAAGGAACUUGCGUCAUGGUACCAGUGUACACUCUCCAGCGUGAUCCUGCUUUGUGGCCUGAGCCUGAGGCCUUCAAACCCGAAAGAUUCAGCAAGGAGAACAAAGACAACGUAGAUCCAUAUGCCUUCCUACCCUUUGGAGCAGGGCCAAGGAACUGCAUUGGCAUGCGAUUUGCAGUCUUGAUGAUGAAGUUGGCCAUGGUGGAGAUUCUUCAGAACUUCAGCUUUGUCACGUGCAAGGAGACAAUUAUUCCAGUGGUACUGGGAACUGAUGGAUUUACCACACCCAAGGAUCCCAUCAAACUGAAAAUGGAGCCCAGAGCAAUUGUUGCCAAUCCUCCCUCAAGCUAACUUUCUUUUUCAACCCCAACCACGGUUCAAUUUUAAACUGAUUAAAGGACACGAUUCCUAAUGACAUCUUGCAAAACUUGCGUACUGUCAAUAAAAAUUCAAGGACAUUUACUAUGCAUGACACAAUUUUAAUAAGUAAAUCGUAAAGCCCAGCCGACCAAUUGACUCCAUAAGCUUUGUUCUAUAAUACAAACCACUCCUGUUUUUUUGUCAUUCUGAUUCACUGAUAUAUUUUCUGGUGUAUUUUUAAUAACUAUAUAUUUUUGGUAAACGUUUUGAUACUUGAAUAAAAUAAAGAGUAUGAAUAUGUGAAAUCACCAUAACAAUUCUAAAGCAGGCCUGCAUACGCACUACAGAAUUACAUUGCAAUAUGUUAUCAUUUUUUGCACAUCUGCCAACUGUUGUUGCCUUCCCUGUUUCCUGGUUAAAGUCCUUAUGUAUCAGAAUAGAUUCUGCAUAACUACUAAAGUGUAUUGAUCACACAUUUAAAGAAUAAAUGCUAUCAUAUUACACUGCAA